AUGAAUUUAAUGCAAUAUAAAUUUUCAGCUUCGAAUGAAGUAGUCUUUGUUAAUUUUUAUGCAGAUUGGUGUAGAUUUUCUCAACAGUUGAAACCUAUUUAUUUGGAAGCCAGCGAAAAAUUUACGACUAUGCCUCCUGGCAAAGUAUUGUGGGCUUCAGUGGAUAGUGACCGGGAAGUCGAUAUUGCACAAAAGUAUAACGUAAAUAAAUAUCCAACGUUGAAAUUGUUCAGGCAUGGUGAACUUGUAAAGCGAGAAUACAGAGCACAGCGGUCAGUGGAAGCGCUGUCUGAUUUUAUUUAUAAACAACUCAAUGAAUCGAUUAUAACAAUCGCUUCUACUGAUGAUUUAAAGGCGAAAAUGGACAAAUCUAAACGUAAUGUGGUCGCUUAUUUUAAUCAGCUUACUGGAUCCGAGUACGAUAAUUUCAGAAAAGUUUCUUCCGCUUUGAGAGAAGACUGUGUUUUUUGGGUUGGAUCUGGUACAGGAUUUGAGAAUCAGUUUGCCAAUGGCAAUAAAGUUCUUUUUUAUCCACCUAAGAUCGACGAAAUUGUCGAAUAUAAGGAAAAACUGACAAAUUUGCAAUAUCUUAAAGAUUGGUUGGGUGAUAAAUGUAUACCUCUUGUUCGAGAAAUAACUUUUGAAAAUGCUGAAGAAUUAACUGAAGAAGGACUUCCCUUCUUAAUUCUUUUUCGUAUUGUUGGAGACAUGAAUAACGAAAAAAUUUUCAACGAUGCUGUAAUUCGUGAACUUUACGACCAGAAAAAUUCUAUCAAUUGCCUUGUGGCUGAUGGGGAAAAAUUCGCACAUCCGCUUCAUCAUUUGGGCAAGUCGAAAAGUGAUUUACCGGUUAUAGCCAUUGAUUCUUUUAGACAUAUGUAUGUAUUCGAUAAGGAUGUCUCCAUCCCGGGGACACUUCGUCAGUUUGUAUUAGAUCUUCAUUCUGGUAAAUUGCAUAGAGAAUUUCAUCAUGGACCUGAUAUUGAUACUACUCAGCAGUCUGUUGCUGAAAAGAUUGAUCCUGCUCAACAGGUUGAUAAGCAGAAGCAUGUGCAAAUUAAGAAAUUUGAUAAUACGCAACCACCUCCUAGUGUCUUUAAUAAAUUAAAGCCUUCAGAGAAUCGAUAUUCGCUUUUACAUAAAGAUGAAUUAUAA